CACGUGACCAAAACACGCCUCGGCACAGUGGUUCCAUACAAUUACCUCAUGAGCUAGCGCGAAUGUUUCGGAGCCUCGGGUGUCAGAGAACCAUCACUAGCUACGGGCGCGCCCACUCAUAAAGUGGGCGCAAUAAAUGGCUAUGGCUGAAUUUUGAGCUCGGCCCUGUUGUUGUUUUGAGCGAGCUGUAGCUGCCUGCUGUUUAUCGCUAGUCGGUCCGUUAGCAUGUACUGGCAUCUCCGAAAACGUCAGCGCAACGUUGCAUGAUAAACUGGCCAUAUAUUCUCAAUCCAAUGGUUACCUUCUCGCCUGAAAAAAUAUCAAAACGUUAUAAAGUGGCAUAAAACAGUUAUAGAACAAAAAAUAUAGCAGCCUUGAGUCUGGCUCAAACUCCCACAGUGCAUUCGGUGAUGCUUGUCUUAUUUGCUCCAAGUCACAGGUCUGGAUGAACCGUCUGUGUGUGAGCGCAACAUUAGGAUCUCGGUUUUGUUUUCAAACCUGCCCGGAAGUCACCGAUGGUUCAGCGCGCGGUAGCAGAUAGCUUAAUGUAAAUAACGACGGAAACACCGUCCGUUUGUCAGAGAUGGAGCAAUACUGUAAACAACCGGGGAUGGCUUUAAAACCAGAAAUGAAGCCGCAAAGAACAGAUGUCCAGCUGUUGAUGAGCAAAGACAAUUUUUUUCCUGAAUGGUGGAGCCCUGGCCUGGACCAGGACCCGGCAGAGCCCCCACACAUUAAAGAGGAACAGGAGGAACUGUGGACCAGUCAGGAGGGAGAGCAGCUUCAGCGGCUGGAGGAGGCUGGUGUCACCAGCUUCCAAUUCACCCCUGUCCCUGUGAACAGUGAAGAUGAUAAAGGUCCAGACAUCCAGCAGCUGUUGGUGAGAGGAAAAGAGGUUCUGCUUGAGCAUCAUGACUGGAGCCCCAGUCUGGACCAGGACCCAUCAGAUCCACCACGCAUUAAAGAGGAACAGAAGGAACUCUGGACCACCCGUCAGUCAGACUCUCUCUGGUACUUAGGACCAGAUUCUGACAACAAGGUUUCAGACUCUUCACAGUUUAAGACUGAAGUCAGUGAUGAUGACUGGAUGCAGACCAGAGGACCAGUGUCAGUUUUAAACUCCCUAAAAAUCAUUGAAGUCCCUGCAACAGAUGUGAGAUGUAAUACUGGCAAGAAAACCUACAGCUGCCCUGAAUGUGGGAAAUUAUUUGGUCACAGCCCACACUUAAAAAUACACAUGAGAACUCAUACAGGAGAGAAGCCAUUCAGCUGCCCAUUCUGUGGUAAAGGUUUUACACAAAAGGUGAAUCUGACAUACCACAUGUCCGUCCACACAGGUGAAAAACAAUUCAGCUGCCGCUUCUGUGAUGAAAGAUUCACCUGGUAUACUCAGCUCAAAAGCCACCAGUGUGUUUGUGAGUCCUUGCAGCUUCAUCAGAGUCAGACUGAGGAGACCAGAGAAGCUGAGACUGUUGAGAGGUCAUUCAGCUGCUCUGAGUGUGCAAAAACAUUCAGCCGCAAGGACAAUCUGAACAUUCACAUGAGAAUCCACACAGCAGAGAGACCAUAUGGUUGCACAGUCUGUGGUAAAACCUUUAAACAUGGAGGACAUCUGACGCAACAUUUGUCUAUCCACACAAAGGAGAACAGAUUCAGAUGCAGUGUUUGUGAUAAGAGGUUCACCUGGAUUUAUCAGCUCAAAAGACACAAGUGUGGUGGUGAUGAAUCCUCAGAGCUUCAUGAGGUCUGGGCCAGUCAGGAGGGAGAGCAGCUUCAGGGACUGGAGGAUGCUGAUGACACCAAGUUCCCAUUCACUGCUGUCCUCGUGAAGAGUGAAGAUGAUGAAGAGGAACCUCAGUCAUCACAGCUUCAUCAGAGCCAUGCUGAGGAGAAAAGAGACUGGGUGGCAGGAAAGGACUGUGGAGGACCAGAACCAGCCAGGAACCCAGGUCUACAUAGACUCUUGGAAUCAGAUACUGAUGACCGGAUUCCACACAUUUCUGAAAUUAAAGUUAGGAAUGCUGGGAAGGAGAGUAGUGAACCUGAGUCAGGGUUAAACUCUGAGGAGGUUCCAGAGAUUGAUUCAGGAUGUAAUGCAAGGAAGAAAUCAUUCAGCUGCUGUGAAUGUGGGAAAAUAUUUGGCCGCAAGGAACAUCUGCAGGCACAUGUGAGAAUUCACACAGGAGAGAGACCAUUUAGCUGCUCUGAUUGUGGUAAAACAUUUGGCUGCAAGAGGUCACUGCUGGGUCAUGUGACAAGUCACACCGGAGAGAAACCCUUCAGUUGCUCUCAGUGUGGGAGAAGAUUUGGCCGUAUGGUAAAUCUGAAGACACAUGAGAGACUUCACACAGGAGAGAGGCCAUUUAGCUGUCCAUUUUGUGGUAAAGGUUUCACACAAAAGGUACACAUGACUCAACACAUAGCUGUCCAUACAGGUGAGAAACAGUUCAGUUGUAGCAUUUGUGAUAAAAAGUUCACUUGGCUGUCGGGGUUCAGACGACACAAGUGUGGAAAUGAACAGUCAGAGCUGGAUGACACUGAGGAGAGCCUAGAGGUAGAACCAGGUGAGAAGCCGUUCCGAUGCCGUGAAUGUGGUAACAGAUUCAACCACAAGCACAACCUGAAAACUCACAUGAGGAUUCACACAGGAGAGAAACCGUUCUGUUGCUGUGUUUGUGGCAAAGGUUUCAUUGCGAGUGGAGCUCUGAAGAAACACCUGAGAACUCAUUCAGGAGAGAAACCGUUCAGCUGCCCUGUGUGUUGCAUACGAUUUACACAGGGAGGAAAUCUGAAGCGACACAUGGCACAGCACAUGGGGGAAGGUCAAGAGAAACCGUUCAGCUGCUCUGUUUGUGGUAAAAGCUUUACACAAGUGUCAAACAUGAAGCGACACAUGGUGCAACACAUGGCAGCUAAAACAAGUCAGUAGCAGGAAGUGAAGCUGUGAUCAGUCCACCCCUCACACAGCAUCAACAGGAAGGAGACUGAAGGUGUCUGACUUCAUACAGUCACCAGACGCAAACCUCACAGCUGAGUGUUGAUGCAUACAGUAUGUAUGGUAUAUGUUUUAGCAUGACACAGCUUUAAAAUAAUUUUAAUAAAAAGAAGACACACACUACAACUGAACAAUUGUUUCUACAAAAUUUAUAAUUCAAUCAGCUUCAGAGCUGAAAUUGUUCACUGACUCACUGAGCUCCACCAGCACAGAGCAACGCCUGAACACAAAUUGUCCUGGUUGCUGGGUUGCCCGUUUCAUAAAGUUGGUUUUUUGAUUUACAGACUCAACUGACUCUGGUCAUGUCAUGUUUAACGUCCUGAAUAACUGAACUUUCCAGUGUUUGAAAUAGGAAGAUUUGCAAAUGUGGUGUCAGAAAUGUAAAUGUGACUUUUUUUUUAUUUAAGUUUUAAAGUUAAUUUGCAAGCAUGAGCUUUGCUCUGAAUAAAGGAUCAAUGAAACUGAGUUUUCAUAGGAAAAAUGUUUGUGAACAUGUAAAUGUUUUGAGAGAAAUCAGUUUAAAAUAGCAGUUUCAGUUCUAUAAAUGAUCAAUUUACCUAUGGAUAUGUACAAUUAAUAUUUACAGUAAGACAUGUAGGGUCAAUAUCAA